AUGGCACUAGCUGGGUCUCAAAUCUACGUCCGAAUCGAUUCACCUUCUGACCUUGUCGUCCUUCAUCCCGACGAUCCUCUCCUCAAAGGUAUCAAGUGGUCGAGCGGAAGUCGCAAGCAUCCACUUCAUACGCGGACCUCGUCUGGAUGGAAGACUCUCGGAGAUAGUCACUUCAAGAGACAAGAGUACUGGGCGGCUGUUGUUGCUUACUCACGAGGGCUGCAACUGGACCCCACCUCGACCGCAUUGCGGUUGAAUCGUUCCCUGGCGCGUAUUCGCUUAGGUCACUACAGUGCAAGUCUCAGAGAUCUCAACUCCGUUCUUUCCUCUGAUAAUCUCUCAACUGCGGACAAACUCAAGGGAUUGUACCGUUCUGCUCAGGCAGAAUAUGCCAGCGGCCGCUACGAUGCGGCAAAGCAAUACUAUGAAGGAUGUCUUGGAGUAGAUGAGAACCUCGUCGACGCAAAGACAGGGAUACAAAAAUGCGUCGACAGGCUUCAGGAGCAGCAGACGGGCGUCUAUCGUUGGGAGGAGCUUUACGAUCAGACACUUAGAGCCAAGUCUGUAUUAUCCUUUGACAUCUCCGACUUUGUCGGACCAGUCAAAGUUGCACCAGUACCAAAUAGAGGUGGUGGACGUGGAAUCCUCGCUACCAGAGACAUCGAGGUCGGAGAACUUUUGCUUGUUUCAAAGGCCAUUGCCAAUGGACCCCCGAACAAUCAGGAAGGCAUUCUGAUAGCACUCAACUUUCAUGCCAACGAGAUUCAGUCAGGUGGCCACUAUACCCUUAUUCAGAACUUGAUGAUGAAGCUCAUGGAUUCCAAGCAAAUUAAUAACGAUUUCUGCCAGCUUUACGGUGGAGAGCGACACCAGCCCUCGAAUCCUGACAUCAACGACUACUUUGACGAAAAUGACCCCUUGAGUCCACCCGUAUUUAUCGAUACCAAUCGAGUUGAGGCUGUGUGUUCGCUCAACUGGUUUGGUUGCUCCCCGGAGAACGCAGCCAACAAGACCGAGUCCAAACAGGAGAAGCCGUCUCCUCUCAAUGACGGGAAAUCAACAGUGAUUUAUCUUCUACCUUCCUAUUUCAAUCACUCUUGUGAUGCAAACGCCACUCGCCACUUUUUUGGUGACGCCAUAGUCAUUCGAGCCCUCACCCAGAUUCGAGCCGGAGAUGAAAUCACAAUCUCGUACAUCUACGCCAAUGAACCAUAUCACGAACGAGCAAAUACGUUGAAGAAGUGGUUCCCGACGUGUGACUGCUCUCUGUGCGUCGAGGAUCGGGAGGCUGGGGUUGGCACAUCGAAGAAACGGCAGAAGCUACUGGAAGAUCGCACAUCGACAUCUUUGCCUACCGUUAGGGCUAUGGUAUCAAAGAUGGACGCGACAUAUCCUUCGACGGGUCCGCGCGUUCAGCCUCUGCGCAGUGCCGCGCACCAUCGCCUCUCCGAGCUUCUUCAAGUACAAGGAAUGCGCAAGCAGAACUCAAGGGCGGCAUAUGAGGCGAUUAAAGAGGAGAUGGCCUCUAUCGAAUAUAUGGGGAUUGACGUUCUCGACAAAGGCAUCAAUGACGAUGCCGUGAAGCAUGAAAUUCCAAUUGCGAGCAAUAGGAUUCCGUAUAACGACACGGAGGCAGCACUAAAGUGCUUGGUGAUCGCUAACACUUUUUGUGUCCUUGACAAACUUGAUCGUGCCAAGCAAUGGGCCAGAGCUGCAGUAUGGAUCUCCCAUAAAGCUUUGGGAGGGGGCAUUCACCUUUUCAAGGCCAAGUUUGGAGAUGCCAUUCAGGAGAUGGGCUCUAAUGUCGUUGGGUUGGUCGGGAAGAUUGAGAAGGAAGUCAAGAAUGGGAUCUGGCAUCUCGAUACCAAAAGGGGAUCCUAG